AUGUGGGGACGCAGAAAACGCCUGCUGGUACUCUUCACUCCCAGGGCUCGUGCUAGGAGGGUGGUCGGCGAAAGCACCAUCAACAAAUCUCCCCCACUGCCGGUUGAGGAACCUCUCUUCGACAGGGCAUGUGCUGAUGGACUCGCAUCAGGCUCGGCUUUGAACCAACGACAAAUCCCUGUGGAUAAUCAUUGUUCUCGUUGUGGAUCGGCACCUGAAACCAUUGAGCAUAUUCUGCUAUACUGCCCUUUUGCAAGGGCUGUAUGGUUUGGUUCAAGCCUAUCUGCGGUUAUUCUUGCUGAUGUUCUUGGGAAGAGUAGAUAUGAAGAAGUUACAUCUCACUGCUCCUUCAUUGCUUGGAACUUAUGGUGUUCGCGAAAUGACUUACUCUUUGGGAUGAAGGAAUUGACGCUGGCCGAGGUAAUAGUUGUCGCACGAGCUGCUUGUAUUGAGUUUCUUUCGACGAGUAAUCAGAAACCAUUGGGUCAAUCCCGCCUUGCUGUUUCAGAUAAGUUCAACUUCACCCGUAUAUUGGAGGGUGAGGCAAUUGCAAUCAGGGAAGGUCUCUUAGAAGCUAUAUCUGAAGGCACUUAUAAUUUAUUGUUGGAGAGUGACAACCAAGAGAUCAUCACUUAUCUGAAGGAUACUUCCAAGAGUUUGCCUUUAUCCGUUCGUCCAGUGGUUGAGGAUAUAAGGCAUCUUGCUUCUUACCUGGAUAGUUGUCAGUUUUUGUACAUUUCAAGGGCUGCUAAUGCUGUUACAAAUUCCCUUGCAAGGAGGGCCAAGUCCAUUAUGGAUAAGACUGUUUGGCCCAAUUUCGAUCCAUGUCUAACUGUGCCAGUUGGGACAGAGGACUCGUGUGUAAUCCGUUCUAUUCAAUAG